AAUAUAUUUUUGAAUCAUAAAGUAGCAUUUUUAUUUGAAUUUGAGGAUCAUCUUUCAAAUUCGACUUGUCUUCAUUUCUCAGCAACCUCCCGCGCUCUCUCACUUGCAAUCUCAUACAUACUCGACAAUUGAUUCUCAAAUUUCUCCUAUUUCAAUCGACUUCAAGAAUUUUUACAAAGAGGUGAGUGUCACACUAGGGAGAUAGAUGGAAUUGAAGGAAGCUGGUUCAUUGCUUGAUAAUCUAAUCGUGGCUUUCAACGGCCGGAUCGCAGAGCUCCAGGAUCUUGUAAUUGCACGAAACAUGUAUCCUGCAAGUUGUCUCCCUGAUUUGUCAGCAGUUGAUGCAUCAUUGAAGGUGAUGGAAUUGCAGGUACAGGCGAUCAAGAAACAGUUACGAGAAGAAGCUGAAGCAAUUCCGAAAGCAAAAAAACUUAUUGAAGCAUCUCUGAAGCAGCAGAAGAGAUUAGAAAGUAUCUCCCUUCAUGUUCCCACAUAUUAUCAGAUUCUGCCUGACAGAGUUUCUGCCUUGAACUUAAAUACCAGUCUUUGUUCAGAGGCCAAAGCAUCUGGUACUGAAUUGGGCUCGCGAGAGGCUGAGAAUGUGAUUUCAGUCUUACCUAAGGAAAAGAAAGUUUCCUCUCCUCCACUUUGGUACAUAACCAUCGAUGAACUGAAUUCACUAUCCUCAUAUAUGAGAGGAAGGUUAACAGUUGACAAGGUCAAUGCUGCUGUUUAUGACAUGGCAACAUAUGCAGAAGCAAAUGCCCAACUUAUUGGCAUCCCCAAAAAAAAACUGGCAGAGAACCUUUGGGAAAAGGCCCUGGAGCUAAGAGAUAUUGCAACAACCAAUGCAGUGAAAGGAAAAUAUUUCUUUCUUGAAACAGACAUGAAAGGACCUUCAUUGAAACUUGACAAUACUGGAAAGGCCAUUCUAACUGUCUUACGUCACCUUGGACGCAUAAGCGAGACUCGGAUUGGACAUCAGCGAGUAAUCUUAUUAUUAAAACCAUCAUAAACAACCUAGGAUUUAGGUGGACACAAGACUACCGAGUCUUGCAUCAACAGAGUAUAGCCUGUAGAAGAGAAUCCACUGUACAAUUCCAGCAAUCCAUUUCUCAAGGAUUUGUCAGCAGAUGAGUACAACCGAUUGUUUUGGAGAAGGUUAGACAAUCUUAGAAUGCUGAGUUAUAUGGCCUGUCUUUGAUUAUCAUCAAAAAAAUUCUCAAAUCGAAGCGAGAGGUUGUUAUCUCUAUAGUUUAAUGGUUGCUUGUAAUCAGUUGCAAGGAGCUUAUUUCUGCUUAGAUUUUCAACGUGACUUCUUUUCAAUUAGGCCAACGUUUGUACCUACAUUCUUGUGCCGUUAAGAUUAGAGUUCUAAGAUACUGAAGUUUUCGGGACAUACUUAUGUAAUUUGAAAGCAAAUUCUAAAGAAUGGGUAGUUUUGGCGAAAAGCCAAAGAAAACAGAGGCUGCUGUGAAGAUGUUUUUCUUUCAACAAAUAGUUGACAAGAGUUUGAAUCUAUUUAUUAA